AAAAUGAUGCGUGCGAAUCGAUGUUGCCGGAAGCCGUGCGUUGUUGUGAUUCUGAACGGUCAGUUGCUAGCAACAAUGACAAGAAGCUGCCAUGUGGGGAAUCAGAAGAGGAGAGAUGAGCGGUCCGUGACAUCACUUCCAGGUGACAGCCUACAGUGGAUUCAGAAAGUGACUUUUCCACAUUUUGUUACGUUACAGCCUUAUUCUAAAAUAGAUUAAAUUGUUUCCCCUCAUCAAUCUACACACAAUACCUCAUAAUCACAGAGCAAAAACCGUUUUUUAGAAAUGUUUGCAAAUGUAUACAUUUUUUAAAACUGAAAUAUCACAUUUACAUAAGUAUUCAGACCCUUUACUCAGUACUUUGUUGAAGCAACUUUGGCAGCUAUUACAGCCUCAAGUCUUCUUGGGUAUGAUACUACAAGCUUGGCACACCUAUAUUUGGGGAGUUUCUCCCAUUCUUCUCUGCAGAUCCUCUCAAGCUCUGUCAGGUUGGAUGGGGAGUGUCGCUGCAUAGCUAUUUUCUGGUCUCUCCAGAGAUGUUAGAUCGGGUUCAAGUCCGGGCUCUGGCUGGGCCACCCAAAGACAUUCAGAGACUUGUUCCGAGCCACUCCUGUGUUAUCUUGGCUGUGUGCUUAGGGUCGUACUGUUGGAAGGUGAACCUUCGCCCCAGUCUGAGGGCCUGAGCACUCUGGAGCAGGUUUUCAUCAAGGAUCUCUCUGUACUUUCCUCCGUUCAUUUAUGCCUCGAUCCUGACUAGUCUCCCAGGCCCUGCUGCUGAAAAACAUCCCCACAGCAUGAUACUGCCACCGCCAUGCUUCACCGUAGGGAUGGUGCCAGGUUUCCUCCAGACGUGACACUUGGCAUUUAGGCCAAAGAGUUCAAUCUUGUUUCUCAUGCAAUUAUGCAUCUAUUAAGAUACCUAAAUAUGAGCAUAGCAUGACAUGAAUGCACUAUAGAUUCAAUCAAAUCAAAUUUUAUUUGUCACAUACACAUGGUUAGCAGAUGUUAAUGCGAGUGUAGCGAAAUGCUUGUGCUUCUAGUUUCGACUAUGCAAUAAAAUCUAACAAGUAAUCUAACAAAUUCACAACAACUACCUUAUACACACAAUGUAUACUAAUAUGCAAUGGAUAUAGUUAAUAAUGAAUUAACAUUUAACAAUGUGUAGGACCUGUUAAAGCAAGUUAAUGAAAUGCUUAUAGACGUGUAAUGAAUGCAUUAUGGCUAUGUAAUCAAAGUAAAUCGUUAGCCUGUUAAUUCCACCUCCCAAGCAGGGGUCUUUUACCACUGCACCACAUGGGGAUCCUGAGUGGUGCAGCGGUCUAAGGCCCUGCAUCUCAGUGCUUGAGGUGUCACUACAGACACCCUGGUUCAAUUCCAGGCUGUAUCACAACCGACCGUGAUUGGGAGUCCCAUAGGGCGGGGCACAAUUGGCCCAGCGUCGUCCGGGUUUGGCCGGUGUAGGCCGUCAUUGUAAAUAAGACUUUGUUCUUAAUUGACUUGCCUAGUUAAAUAAAGGUUACAUUUAAAAACCCUACAAGAACCCUGUCCUUCCUUUCUCCCCUCCAGUCUCUAUGCAGGGCUCAGAACCAUGGUGGGCAGCUGUCUGGUCUGCGAGGAGGCAAGGCCAUGUUGGAGAGGAAACAGUUGUGCCAGUGGCCGUGUAAGUGCAAGGCCAAGCCCCAGUGUGCCCCGGGAGUCAGCUCAGUGCUGGACGGCUGUGGCUGCUGUAAGAGCUGCGCCCGGCAGAUAGGAGAGGCCUGCAACGAGAGGGACAUCUGCGACCCCCACAAGGGCAUGUACUGCGACUUCUCUAAUGACCAGCCUCGAUAUGAGGUCGGGGUCUGCGCUUACUUGAUGGCAGUUGGUUGUGACCUGAAUGGGGCCCACUAUGAGAACGGCGAGGCCUUCCAGCCCAGCCCGCUGUAUAAAUGCACGUGCAUCGCGGGAGCCAUCGGCUGCACCCCAGCCUUCAUCCAGAAGCCCGCUGCUCUCCUGGGUCCUGCCCCUCUGAGGAGCAACGCACCCCUGCCAGCUGGUCUCCAGAGCGCCCCUGGUCUCUCCAGAAAACACCAGCAGGACACAACAAACAUGGCCGCCAUGCCAGCUUACAGGGAUCCUCCUUUAGCCUGGAAGAAGAAUUGCCUGAUCCAGACCACUCCGUGGAGCCCCUGCUCCAAGACCUGCGGCCUGGGUAUCUCAGUCCGGGUCAACAAUGACAACGGCAAGUGUGAGAUGAGGAAGGACCGCCGCCUCUGCCUGCUGCGGCCGUGUGAGAAGAGCAUCAUGAAGUCCGUCCAGAUGCUGAGAGGAAAGACAUGUAAGCCCAAGUUCCAGGCUAAGAAAGCAGAGAAGCUGACCCUGUCUGGGUGCACUAGCACCAAGAGUUUCAAACCCACUUACUGUGGCAUCUGCACUGACAAGCGCUGUUGCGUCCCCAACAAAUCCAAAAUGGUGACCGUCAACUUCAAGUGCAAGGGCGGCUCCAACGUGCGCUGGAAAAUGCAGUGGAUAACGUCCUGCGUUUGCCAGAGGAAGUGUAAUGACCCUGGGGACAUGUUCGCAGAGCUACGCUUCCUCUAGCACCUUCUCCAGCAUUUAUAAUCAACCUCAGAGCCAUGUCCAUGCCCACAGACUAACACAGGCCUGGCCUAAUCUGCCUCUGGCUCCGUACUGCCCGAGUCAUGGUAUUUGUGUGUACAGGGCUGAGCUGGUCAGAGUUCGGCCUGGCCAUGAAGUGCUACUAAACAGUGCCUGUGUUUUCUGGCGAUGUGCCAAUGGGCUGGUAUGGAAAGUUUAAAACGUGGAACCUCAACUCAUGAAAACUGGAGAGAAACAACUUGUUCUGGGUAUAUUGCUUGACAAUUAACAUGAAAGGAAAUGUAAUGUAAGUGAUCACAAUGUGGGGUUAGACCUCAAUUCUAUGGUUUUUACAGUACCUCAUUAUACAAAAAGGCUGUGAGUGAGGCCAUUAGUGGCAACAGGGAUAGAUAGAUAGAGCAAACAUGUUCUGGGUCAAUCUUAAUGAAUCUUUGUAGCGAUCCACUGAUUAUACCCCUUAUCAACAUAAAACACUGUUGUACCAGCUGAAUCACAAUACAUCUUCCUACAAGUUAAUUCUCAACCAAGUUUGCACCACAAUACCUCAUACAAUCUCAUGUCCACUCUGAUUCACUAGAAAUUUAGAUUCAGAAUCAAUAAAAUUAAUUGUUAUUA